GAAUGUAAUUAUGGGAAGUAAUUAGAGAAAAAUUAAUGGAAAGGUACCUUCCAUUAAUCUUCAGAAAUAUUCCCUUUCUGAAGAUUGCCUUUUAUAUGUAGUCCAGGCAAAAAUAAAUUUAUUCCCCAAAUUUGAAAUCUUUCUGCAUUUCAAAGUUUCUCAAAUUUUUUUGAAUUUGUUUUUUUAAGUGAAAUUUUUAUGUCAGAACUAUAACUUGAAUUAUUCUGGCUAAACUUAAACAUUUACUAGAUUGUCAUUUCUAUAUCUGAAUCUGUCUUUGACUUUCUGAGAACCUGGAUAACUGGAACAUUUUUAUCCCUUCCAUGUCAGCACGUUGCUUACACAUGUAUAACAAAGAGAAUAACUUUGACCAUUGCUUAUUUUUUGUGAGUACCUUUUAUUUUGGCCUGCUGACAGAUAUUCAGGAGAAAAUUGGGUGACGUAUGAAUGAACAGUUUCCAACUUUUACCACAUGGAAAGACUUCUGUACAAACUAUUACAAAUGCAGAUUGAAAAUUGCCUGCUCACUUAGUGACAUAACAGGCAUGCUGUAGCAUUUUUAGGGACAAAAGCUCCUAUUGUAGCUCCCUCGACUGUCCUCAUUCUCCAGCUGAGUUUGUGAAGAUAACAGAUGUGAAGAGAUUUGGAGAGCCACCACCACUGCAGUGUUACACUAAAAGCCAGUGGGACCACCUCAACAGUGACAUGUUUCUGGAACUGCUUGCAUGAUUGAUAGUUUCUCAUCACUUCCAUGUGGUUUUGGCUGCCCUUGGUCUGGCCAGCAAGAUUAAACACAGAGGAAAUAAGUAGAAUCUUCUAUUAUUUCCACCAGAAAAUGGGAUUAUAGAAAGAUCCUGUGCUUUGCAGAGAAUUCAAGUCAAAAUAAAGCUGAGAAUCUGGCUAUUGAAUCCCUAAUAUUAACACUACAACUGAGCAAAGAAACUUUUCCACUGCCUACACAAAACUGGAUUAGAUUGAUUGGUCUCUAUCCCUCACAGGAUUAUUCAAAAAACUGUGGGUCAUGCCUGGUUAACCAUGUCAUUCCAGCUCUGAAUAUCACUGUACUGAAAGGAUUUUCAGCAUAUUGAGACCUGUUCAAAAACAACUUUAUGGUCCUUUCAGUGCUCUCACAGUCUCAUCACAGUGUCCAUCCCUCUUGGGAGAUCCAUGUGCUUAUCAGAGGAUUUCCAAAUUCCAAAACCCCUGCCAUGAGCAGAGACAUGUCUGCCCAUGCUCUGCACUCUGCUGCUUUAGUUCCAAACACUCUUAAUAAUUUUGCAAAGAGGUGAGCACACACUGAGUACACAACAUUACCCCUAAAGGCAGUAGAGGAGGAGAGCAAUGUGCUGGGUGUGUGGAGCACAGUACCAGGAGCUAGUUCAGGUGCGGACACAGUUUCUCUGUAGAGGAGAUACUUUCAAGAGGCAGAUGGGAAGGAAUAUCAAGCAGCUGCUCUCUUAUGCCAAAGCACAACAGCUGAAGGAUGAGUGCACAGUGAAGUGCUGCAUUGCAAGCUUCUUCCACAUUUGUUAUACUAAAGAAAUUUAGCAUCUAAGGGAUCAUCUUAUUAGCAUUCAGCAAAUCCUCAUGACUAUAUUCUCCCCGAAGUCACGACCUGAGCAUUGCUACAGCAAUUGAAACAGAAACAAAAAAAUACAGACUUUUCUCCAAGAGAAAAACCCAAGGUCAGAUUCUUAUCUUCAAGUGUUUGCUAACUAGAGAACAGGAAAUCUGAGACAUCUACUAGCAAUGACAUAAACAAGACUAAGUUUACUCCCUGAUGCAAUGCAGCUGUCUUCAAAAAGCUAACACAUAUUUUUUUUGUGCUCUGUGAGGAGUGAUUUCCCCAUGAUUUUUGAAAGGACAUUGUAAUAAACCAGUCCUUUCCACCAGGAAGCUGAUAAUUUGAAACCCUCGUACACAGACUUGGAAUUAGCUGCAGUUGGUGGGCUGCAGAGUGGAUAUGACAUCCUGUGAAGGCAGAGCCUUGAGGCGUCAAACCAUGACGUUCCAUGUAAAGCUGGAUGCAGCUUGGAGGAAGGACCAUAGUGACCCCUGUGUCCUGAGACCUGCAAGCCCCAGAACCCCCUAAAUGUUCCACUGAAGGAGGAAACAGCAGCCACUAAAGGUGCUGUUCCAGCUGCUCUUCUAGGCUCCACCUUUGCUUCCAGCUGCUCACUCCUACUGUUUGGGAUGGAAGGACCAUUGAGUGAGGUCAAGGACCACAAAUGCCUCUGCAGAAGUGCUCCCUCUGCCGUGGGACAGGACAUAAGGCAAAUGGGCAGCCUGAGCAUAAGGAUGACCAUAUCAUAUGAAGAAAAACUGCAACCAGAAAGUCAAUCUUACAGCCUUUGGAUGAAUAGCAAGACUGUCAAGAAUAUUGGAAUAUAUGAAGUCAGGAGAUUUUGCUGAGAGAUGGAAACAGAACCUAUUAAAUACUGGAAGAGAUGACAGAUAUCAAGCAAACACAUACUUCAACCAAGUACUAAGGAUACUUUAACAUAUUAUUCUGUGGAACAACUACCUGCAAAAGAAGAGCUACACGGAAUGUUUAAUGCAGCUGCUAUAGAGAACUCACGCUGGAGAAUAAUAUUUAAUCCCUGAUGUGAAUCAUCCCCAGAAGAAGUGAGGGUGCUUUGGAGAAAACUGGUAUGAACCAUUCAGGCAAAGCCUGGGGGAGAAGGAACAACUGAACAUUGCACUCAGCCAGGGGUCAAGCACUCAGGUUUGAUUCUUUCAUGUUACCAUUACAUACAUCCUUGAGGUUUCACCGCUAAGCAAUUUUUCAGACUAACACUUUUGAAAACAAAAGGUCACUGUGAAAAAAAUCUAUUAUAGUAAGGUUUUGCAAAAGACGACAGGAAAAGGGCUGUAUUAGAAGGAAAAAAGAAGAAUAUUUGGAGCACAGGAAAGAGAGCCCUAUUCCUUUUGAAAAAGUGUAAAUAGAAGGCAGGAGGAAGAGAGCCAAAAAGAGAGACAAAGGUAAAGAGAGGACAAGGCCAAAUAGAUUGUAUAAGAGAGACUUGCAAAUAAAAGCACAGAAGUCAGGAAACUGGGCAAAAUUAAUCAAGCUGGGAGCAAAGUGGAAGCUAGCUGUAAAAGGUCACAGCAAGGUGUGCUCAUGGGAUUGAAUCAGGUUUUAAAGGAGGCAGGUGAGUCAACCUGCAAAAAAAGUUGAAGACAGCUUCAGGAAGAUGAGAAUUUAAUCCACAGGAGAACUGGGAUAGAGGGAAAGCAGCAUGUAGAGGUAGCUCCGGUGUUAUUUUUUUCAUGACAAUUAAUAAAGGUAUUUUAGGUAGGCAAAGUGAAAAUGUUGGUAGUUAGCUGUAAGUAGCUAUUGGCCUCAUUUGGUCUCAGUACUAACCAGAUGUACCUGCUACAUAUUCUGAUGGCUUCCUUCCUCCUUAAAAAUUUUACUUUGUCUAUGGAGUUCAAGUAAUAGAUGAUGUAUGAGCUCAGGCACAGCUGCACAGGGCCUGCUCUCAGUAGGAUCUCUCUUCAGGGAGUGCCUGAAACCCAAGCUGAGGCCACUGAAAGAGCAAGGGUAGACACAAAUCUUUAAUUUUAAGCAUCAAGCUUCAAGCUGCAGAUGAGCUCGUCAGAGUCCUCUAAUUCAACCUGGAGAUCUCCACCGCUUAGAUAUCUCUGCUGCUCCCCAGAACCAACAUCUAAUCAGUCCAGCUCACCCUGCAGAAUUUGCUAACAUCCUUGAAACUAGUCCAAAGCCUCGUAUGACUGUUCAAGCAAAUGGAAAGAAAACAAAGUUUCUACUAAAAAGAACUUCCAAGAAGAGAUUACAAUCUUUCUUCUAUAUUUACAUUACAUACAGAGGGCACCCCAAUCAAUUGUGAAAAUAUAUGGAAUUUAUACAAAUUUUAUGGCCAGAAGAAACAAUUACACUGUUUUUAUGACCAGAAGAAACAGUUGCACCACUAUCCUUUGGUCAAAAAUUCUUCGUAUGAGAUCAGUAUUAUGCCAGAAGAAUUCUGACAGGACUGUGUUGAAUUGGCAGGAGGCUGUAACAGUGUGCUUUUGCUGAUGUCCCAGCUAUGCAAGGAGAUUCAAGCCAAAAUUUAGAGAUUCUGAGCUGAGACAGAAACUCUACAAGGAAAGGAUGACACAUUCUCUCCUAAUGUCCAGUCCCAGCAAAGAUGCAUUGUGAUCUUUGCACUGGUAUGCUGCUUUGCAAUUCUGGUUGCACUGAUAUUUUCGGCAGUGGAUAUUAUGGGAGAAGAUGAGGAUGGACUCUCAGAAAAGAACUGUCAAAAUAACUGUCGGGUUGCUCUCGUGGAAAAUAUUCCUGAAGGGAUCAACUAUUCAGACAGUGCACCAUCCCAUUUGUCUCUUUUCCAAGGCUGGAUGAAUUUGCUUAAUAUGGCUGAAAAGUCUGUUGACAUAGUAUCUUCCCAGUGGGACCUCAAUCACAGUCAUCCAUCAGCAUGCCAGGGUCAACGUCUUUUUGAAAAACUGCUUGAACUGGCGUCUCGAAAUAUUGAGAUAAAACUAGUGAGCGAUAAACUGCCCAUGGAAUCAAAGGUAUUAAACGACUUGAAAACAAAGGGUGCUGAAGUGUUGUAUAUGAACAUGUCAGCAUAUAAUGAAGGUCGGCUUCAGUCAUCGUUCUGGAUUGUUGAUAAGCAACACGUAUACAUUGGAAGUGCCAGCCUGGACUGGAGAUCACUGGGACAGAUGAAGGAACUUGGCGUCAUCGUAUACAACUGUAGCUGCCUGGUCCUGGAUUUACAAAGGAUAUUUGCCCUGUAUAGCUCAUUAAGGUAUAAGAAUAAAAUACCUCCGAGUUGGUCUAAGAGACUCUAUGGAGUGUACGAUACUCAAAAUAAACUGACACUGCAGCUGAACGAGACAAAAUCAGAAGCUUUUGUGUCGAACUCACCCAAACUCUUCUGCCCCAAGGACCGAGUCCUGGAUAUCGAAGCUAUCUACAGUGUUAUUGACGAUGCCAAACAGUUUGUGUACAUUGCUGUCAUGGACUACUUGCCCAUUGUCAUCGACACCAACGCUAAACGGUACUGGCCGUAUUUAGAUGGGAAGAUAAGAGAAGCAUUAGUUUUACGAAGUAUUAAAGUACGACUUCUCAUAAGUUUCUCGAGAGACACAGAUCCCCUUACUUUUAACUUUGUUUCAUCUCUGAAAGCUAUUUGCACCGAAGUUCCAAGCUGUAGUUUGAAAGUUAAAUUCUUUGACCUUGAGGAAGAGAGUGCCUGCUUUCUUAAAGAACAUAAGAACACUUCCCUUCCCAAACUGAAUCGUAACAAAUACAUGGUGACUGAUGGAGCUGCGUAUAUUGGUAAUUUUGAUUGGGUAGGAAAUGCUUUUACGCAGAAUGCUGGAGCUGGCCUUGUUAUCAACCAAGCAGACGCGGGGAACAGCACAAGCAUCAUUAAGCAACUCAAGGCUGUUUUUGAAAGGGACUGGUAUUCACAUUAUGCCAAAAGUUUACAACCAACAAAAAUCCCAAACUGCUUUAACCACAAACUCAAUAAAGGAACUUCAAAUAAGACUUCCAUGAGCAAUGUGAAUUAGAAAGACUAUUUUACCGUUUAGUAUGGCAAUGAAGAAUUAUGUUGGGGUGUAGCCUUCUUUCAUAUUUACAGACAAAAGACUUAAAGAAAAAGCAAAAAAAAAAAAAGAAGUUUGGUUUGGGGGGGUGUUUUUAGGAAAAAGCACACUUAUAUUAAAUCUGUCUAACCUAUAUUCUCUAUAUGGAUUAUUUAAGACUUUCAAAUUUGUUACUUCUGACACUGAAUGUCAUUUCCACUUCCAUGUAAAUUUUAAUGUUCCACAUUUAAAUUUAUCAGCAAUUUAUGAGCAUGUGUCAAUGUUUCUGUUUUAGGACUUUCCCCAAUUGCCAACCUGGUUAGAGCAAACCAUGAGGCAAAAUGAAGAUUUGAGCUAUGAAAUGGCAUUCUAAGAUCAGUUAUUAUUGACAUACAGAUAAAUGGUAGGUUUACUGUAAUAGAAAAUGUAAAGGAGUUAGCAAAGUUUCACCCAUAAAAUAAUUCCUUUUGAAUAACUACUCUGUCAUAAAAAUACUUACUGCUUUUGAGCGUUUACUUUGAGUAUCACUAUUCCAUGUCUUCUAAAUAGCCUUAAAAUACAUUGGAGUUACAGGACUGGUAAUUCUUUCAUCUCCUAACAGUAUGAGAAAUUUUUGAGGGGUUGGGGUUGGCCUCAUCAAGUUUGUCAUAUUCCUUAAAGCCUCUCAGAUUUUUUGUCAAAGUACUGUGGAUUCCUUUCAACAGAAUAGUUAUUUCUAAUUACAUGCAUUUCAUCUAACAGUGAAAAUCUCUGGGUUAAUAGCUAAAACCUAGAAAUGGUUUUUUUAUGUUUUUGUAAUCUGAAGAAAAUUUCUUCCCCAAGUUAAAUAUUUGUCACGUGUGAGUCAGCAGAUAUGUGAUGACUCAUUAUUGAGCCAAUGCACAUCUCAAAAUUAAAUACUGCUUUUUAGAAAGGCCAAGGGUUAUGAAAAAUCAUGCAAUAAUUGUUGUUAAAUAAUCAUACAGUAAUGUUGUUGAUUUUUACACCUGAAGAAUUUGAUUUCCUAGCUUCUACUUUGAAAAGAAAUAAAAAUUGUGAAGUGACAUUUUUUGUAAAAAUAUCAUCCAUAUAGUUAAAUACACCUGCAUGGACAGAAAGUGAUGCCUUCAUUUAGACCACAGUUUUAGUUGGUGUCAAAAGUGUGCCUCUACAAUCACAACUAAGUUGCACCAAGAAGCAACUGAUCUAUAAAAGUGUGAAUUUGCUCUUUAAAGAAAUGCACAGAAAUGUUUGAUGACAGAUUUUUCUCCAGUCAGAGCUGUAAUAGCAGAGUUUCAUAAUAAAAAUGUUUCACUACUAUGCCUCUGCUUCCAUUGAAGAAACACAGCCAUGAAAGCAAACUGCAUUCUGUGUUUUGUUAAAUAUUCACAGAACUUUUUCCAAAAUGAUGACUUUUCUUCUCAUCUCCUGAAGGCACACUUCAAAAGCAGAGGGCAAAUAGAGAAAGAAACCCAACCACUUUCCAAUGUAUUAAUCUUACAAAGAAGUUAAAAUGCAUCUUGACUUUCAAAACAUAUCUUACACUUAUAAGGUGAAAAAAUUCAAAUUUAUUUCCACAGUGACCACAGCUUAGGAAAUUCUAAUAAAUUAACACAUGCACAACUUCAGAUUGUCUGCUAGAGAUACCCCACAAGACUAAUUAUGACCCCAAAAGGCACACUUUUGACAAAGAUUUUUUGUUUAUUUUGCAAUUGCAAAGAUUUACAUCUUCUCACUGAAAAUGAUAAAUCAAAAAAGAUUGUCAGAUUUUACAGAAAAUAUUUUGCACAACUCCAAUAGUCAAUAACAUUUUCUGAUAUUCAGAUAAACACAUGGCAUGUAUUAGUCUCACACACACAUAGAACAGCAUAUAAUCUGUUAUACUGAUAAGAAACAAGUUUUUUAAAAGAAAAAGGUUUCCUGUGUUGCUAUGAGGAAAGAUCUUUGUGAGUAGAAAUUUCUGGAUUUUCUUCCUUCUGUAUUUAAUUUAGAGUAUGUAUAGCAUGUAUGGGAGAGAGAUUCUAAGAACUUAACUUACUUGUUGGGGAUUUUUUGUUUUGUUUAAGAAAUGAGUAUUAGUCCAGAUUAAUUACUAAUGAAAAUUUCAGCUGAGUUGUACCACCAAUAACUUUAGUCUUGUGAGUCAAAAACCCACAAAAUGAACAAACAAAAAGCCCACCACAUUUUUAAAAGCUGGUUGAGAUAGUUGUACAGUUUCGAGGUCCCUAUGGAUAGGUGACCUUAAAGUUUGAGAUAAACUUAAUACCAUGACCUUACAUAAAACACAAAAUAAUUCAUGCAAACAAAAAAACCCCACUGCCUGUUAUAUGUAGCACCUAAUGGCAAUAAUACACAAUAAUCAAUCAAUGUAGGGGUUUUUUCCCCCUCUAGUAUUAUAGAUACUGCAUAAUUUUAAAUGACAUCUUGUAUAAAAAUUGGAGGAUCUGCGUGGAACACAAAUUUGUCAGACGAUAAAUCUAAGUUGGGUUUACAAAGCAGGGUUUAUUGAUGAAAUCAAACUGACCAUUGACUGAUUUAGUAUAACAAAUGAAUGGUAAAAUAGCUUUACUGGACAGAUCCUAGGAAAAUGCAGAUCAUGAAUACUAACAAGGUCUGCUGGUUUGCAAAUAUUUUAUUAUUGGCUAGAUAAACAGAUUCUUGGUGCUUCAACAACCCCCCUCAAAGAGCAGAUACAUAAAAGUACUUUUUAAAAGUGGUAGUAUAUUUUUGUUUUAUGAAUGGAAGAAUUUAGGUGGUUUUGAACAACUUUCAACUCAAAAUACUGGCCAGCCAUCCUAUAAAUGGAAUGGCAGACUCAAAUUCCAUUUGGUAUAAAGUAUGGAUCAAUACUGUAAUAACUGUUUAGAAUGGCGUCAGCUCCAAAGUAGUACAUAAGACCUUGACCUAUUACAUUAGCCAAAAGACAAAGUGCAUCCCUGAACUUCAGCAAAUAGGAAAUUUAAAAUACCAGAUUAUUUUUUGAAAACGUAUAAGGGGAUUAUUGCCAAUUCUUUGGCCUGGGCCAGCGCUGUUACUGUUUAACUAGAUUUGUUAAAACAGCCUCAGUUUUGGCUUCAGAUCCUUCUACCACUGUAAUAAAUGGGAAGCAAAUCCAUUACAGUGAUUUCACACUAGUUUAGCUGGGAUCAGAAUCUAAACCAGUUUCCUCUUGCUUCCAAUCUCCUGAGUAGCACCACUGCACAGGCUAUUUCCUAAUGUAACAGGGAUUUGCAUUCAGGGGUUUCUUACAGACCUCACAGGCAUAACCCAAAAGAUGCACUUUCUCUAGGCCCUUCUAACUGGCAUUGGUAACUCUGUCAUAUUAAAGGCAAUUUCCUAAACAGAACGGUUUUAUUCUUAAAGAAUAUAGACUGUAAUUGUUGUUUGCUGCAAACAUUUACUAGUGCCUUAUUCAUACAAGUUUUUGUUUAACUGUUCCUCACAUGAAGUCCUGCUAAAGAUCCUGUACCUUGUAAUGAGGCAUAGAGCAAACUUCCUAAGUAAGAAGACAUUGUGAUGUUUACAGUUUAGUACCUAAAACUAGAGUCACAAAAAGACAAAAAGUGGCUGCAAGAUGUUGGUCCAAACCACAAGCACAUCUAAACUGGAGCAUUUUUAUCCAAUCCCUGUUCAAGAACUAAAUUUCACAAUUUACUCCUGGCUUCUUUAUCCAGUUAUCUACAACACAGUUGAAUUAGUCUGUCCUGCCAAGGUAUAAAAUCUGAAUUCCCCCAACAUCUGGCUGCUAUCAAAACCAUAAUCACAGAAAUUUCUGUAAGCACAGGUUGAAGCCCAAAUGUCACACAGUGGCUACUUUCCAGAUCUUGCAUGUUAAGUCUCAAGUUGUUGUGGGCCAGCUACUUUUUCUGCCUGAAGCAUGAACUAGUAUCCACAGCUACUCUCACCUCUUGUUUGAAGACCAGAAAGGCAUGGAUUGUGUGGUACAGCACAAUGGCUAUAGCUGUACCCUAACAGGAAAAUAUUUAGGCUUUACCCAAUGUAGGGCCAGGUAUUCCUCCCAGAAAAUCCAGGCUGUGCUGGUGGUUCAGAAGAGAGCUUGAGAAACAAGUAGAAAUGCUUCCAAAUGCUAUUUUUAACACCUACCCAUUAUUUGCUAUACUACCAGCUGCCUAAAUUCUACUACUUUGUUGAGAUUUGCACACAUAAAAGCUGAACAAAUAAGUUCUGUUAUCUGCCAGUUAACCCUAAUCUAAGAAAAAAUACAGAAAAUUUAUAGGGGUUUUUUGUGACUUUAGCAUGUACUUACUGGAAAGAGUGAUUAGAGUGCACUCUCAUCAAGAUGGUAAAGACAUCAGCUGGCUCUUCCAGUUCUUCAGUCUGAAGUUCUAAAUAUCCCUGUCUCAGAUGGUUAUACACUUGACUCCUGAGAAUGGCCUCAUGGAGUACACUAAGUUAUCUUCAAACCUUUCUGGUCUUCAAAAUUAACUCAUCAUUGUAAUACAAAUAUACUGACUAAAUGUUUAGUAUGUUUCCUGAUGGUAAUUUCUGGUGCUGUGUUUUUCUUCCACUCUUACCCUUUCUCUCUCUGCAGCUAAAAUAUAUUCAUGGUUUUUCAGUCAUCAUUAUUCAAAUGCAAUCUGUAUAAAGAAACCAGAAUGAAUCCUUGGUGUGUUUAAAAUUCACAAUGAUGCCUCCCGAGUUAAAGGUACCACUUCUGACACUGCUCCACUUCUAACACUGCAAGGUAUAGCAGCUCAACUGAUACUGUAGGAGAUUGCUUUUCUUAGCUGUAGUUUUUCACUUUAAUUACUGCUGGAUGUUAUUUAUUAAUUUCUCAGUAUUGAAUCAGGUUGCUCUUGGAUCAUCACUUUGCACAAAUGCCUUAGAAGCUUGCCAAACUAGCAUGUAAAAGAGACCUCAUUCAAAAUAGUUUAGACAAGAAAAAAAGAACUCAUGUGCUUUACACUCUGAAGGGUGCUGAAGUCAAUGGAUAAACUCUGGUCCUAUAAUAAAGUGGAGCUUUCUAUUGUACCUCCGGUUUAGAUUAAUCCUGCAUGGGCUUCCAGGAAAGUCUGUGAGAAUUGUUUGUUUGAAUUACCUUGUGAUCAGGAAUUUACAGAGAAUCUGAAAAUAAUCCAGCUGUAUUGAGUGGUUCAACACAGCAACAGAACUGGGUUCUCAUGAAAACACAUUUAUAUUCCAUAUCCAUACAAUUCAAACUGCAUUAACAUGCUAAUGUCAUGUUUUCCCUACAGUUCAAAAACAUGUAGGACAAAAAUCAAGCUACAGCAGCCUAUUUCUGAAAACGUUAUUAAAAACAGAUUUUAAGAGCUUAAUUCAACUCUGGCUGCAAAUUAUUCUGCUAUACUAAUGUAGUCAGCUCUAUUUUGUUCACAACAAAUUCUACGCUGAGAUUUUACAGGAAGACUCAGUAACUUUUUAACUCUAUAAAAUAAGCAUGAUCAUUCUCCCUUUAAGAACUGAAAGAAGGUUGAUGGCCAAUUCAGGCUACAGAACAUAACAAAAUAUAAUAAAAUGGCUGGCAACUGCAGUAUUCCAGAGGAUAAUUUUGUGUUAUUUUGUGUUGCAUGGCCACAACCAUGAACAAUAUGAAUUACAUGUAUCACAGUGGUGUUGCGUGAACACAUGGUGGACAUUGAAUAUCAUACAGUAAAAUCCAUCCCUCUUGUAACAGCAUAAAAUGUAGAAAGAUAGAGAGGAAGGGGCAAAAAGAGCCAGAGGCAAACUAACUUGGAUCAGCUUGAGUUAAUGGACUGGAUGCUGACACAAAAGCUCUGGAUUGCAUUUUUAUUUUGUUCCUUUCUCUGCAAAAUCCUGUGUUUCUUAUGCAUCCUCCUUGCUUAUCUUGAUACGAGUGAAAUCCCAUGAUUGUUUUCAGAAUGAGGAAAGAACCUUUAACAACCACGAACUUAUGCUGAAUGGAAAGAAAUCAGCACAAAUAAAAGUCCAUUGAUUUCUCUUUAGCAGGUACCAAGUAGUAAAGCACUAUUUGAAAUGGGACUCCUCCUUGGACAUUAGAAAUUUCUAGUACAAUAUAAGCAAAAAAUUGACAACAUAGAAGGCACCUGCAAAUUUCACAUCGCACGCAGCAUUUGCUUGUGGUUUGCUUGUUCUCUCAAUGUACAAGUACAGUCAUCAGACAGAUACCAUUCUGAACUAUGGAUAAACUGGUGAAAACUAAGCACAAGUAUCAGGCGAUCCAACUUGACACACUCAAAUGAGGAAAAAGAAUCCUCCCAGAAGAGCUAACUGUAUAAAGUUUAUAAGUCGCUUAGAAGCUAGAAUUGUUUUCAAAUGUAACUUUGAGGGACUUAAUGUGGGUUUUAAUGGGGAAGGAAUCUUUAUGUUAAAGAUUAAAAGCAUGCACUGUUAUAUGUAGUGUCUAAGCAAAACAGCAUAUAAAAUGUAAAAUGAGAAGCUCUUCAAAUGGAAGUAUGUAGACUAACUUUUUAUGGACUGACCUGCUAACAAGUAUUUUCUAGUAGAUUUCAGUCUAGUAGAUCUCAAUGUUAAAUUACUUCACAAUAAUCUCUUAAAUUACUCUGCAAGUAUUCCUUAUUUGUGUUUUUUCAAGUUACACUGUACCUGUAUUCAGUGUUUUACUUGAAACUUGACAAAAAAGCAGGAUGCUUCUGGAAGUGAUAGCUGUUUCUUUCUAAAGUUCAGAGGACUUCCUCUCUUCUAACUUGUCUCUUAUUGUCUCUUACUUCUUCAGCAAGCCAGUCCAGACAUUUGUCAUGGCCUGAGUAGCAAAGAAAAUGAAGUGUUUUUAGACAGCUGCUGUUUAUGAAAACUGCUGGCUGUUCAACAUGUUCUUGCCCUUUGAGAGAUCCCUCACCUAAUGAGAUACUAGAAGUGUAAUAAAGGGGGCCAAGCAUAUAAUUCCAGGUGCCUCACAUAAUUCUUCACCUCGAAAGACACAUAUGCAGAAUCUGGGAUAAGAGAUGGAAGGUGUGGGUGGGGAGAAUGCUUGGCUGGCUUUAAAUGAGGUAGAUGGUCUUCUGAUGACAUAAAUACCUCUUCUGGUGAGCUUGCUUUAUUCUAGAAUAAACCAUUCUUUACCACACAGCCAGAUUUGCAAUGACUGAAAUGUGUGGCUAACUUUAGCAUGAAAAGGUGAAAGGUCAAAUGCCCCUCAUCUUUAUGAAUUGAACUAAUUUCUUUACUAUGUGAGAGGUAGAAGAAGCAGGUAACAUUUGCUCUUCUGAGGGAACAGGCCAGGUUGCUACUAGAAAUAGAGCUGAUAAGGUUUCUAAAACAAGCAAAGAUCUUACACAUCUGACUUCUAUUAAUUCUCACGAGAUGGUGCUUCUCUGUGGGAACUUGGGGCUCACAGCUUUUGUACCAAUUUCUUUGUGGCAAACUGUCAGACUUCUCAGGAGAGCUCCUUUUCCUCCUUCUCACUAUGCUCAAGACAGUUGUGACAUCUACUUUUAACAAUCUCCAGAUUCUUCAAAGACAUUUCUAAACUAGGCUAUAAGAAUUUUCCUUGUGAAAAGGAAAAAUGAAGGGCAGGUUCAGUGAGGAAUCCAAAGAACCUAGUACAAAUAUUAAAAUACAUAAGAAUCAGGAUCAAAACCACAAGGCAUUCUCAUUUUUGCCAGCAAAUGAGACUUGGGAGGGUAAAUGAAAGGCAAAUGCAGUACGUCAGAUUAAUAGGACUGGAAUUUAUAAACCAAAAUUCUUACUUCUAUGGACAGUCCCCACAUCUGAACUGCUGCUCUCAGUAUGCAGAAAUGCAGUGAAGAAUCAGAGAACUGCUUUGAUGUCCUGUAUAAAGGUUUCAGCAUUCAAAGUCUUAUGUCCAUUUCUCAGUGUAUACAGCUUAGAAGGUAGGCUAAAAAAUGGGAUUCUGUGUAUAUUUAUAUAGAUCUUACUGCCAAAUAAUCAUUGAAAACCAGUCACUUCUCACAGCAGUUGUGUCUUCAGAUGUCACCACAGAGAUCUUAUGGAACACGUCUGGAGAAAGAAAAGCAACAUCUGUGGCAGCAAGUAAGCCAACCAAAAAAAGCUGCAAGCCCAUUUCCAAGUGCUAGUUGAUACAAUAAAAGCAUUCAAGUACCCCCAUCCAGAUCAGAUUCCAAAUGUCCUUGUAUCAGAUUCCAAAUGCAGACUUGAGGCUCCUCACACACAUACACUCAGAGACAUAUCCUCAAAGGAAAAAUUAGUAUCUUUGCUAGAAGAGCUUGGAACAUCUCUAGCACAAUUACUUGUUCCACUGCUGUCCUACUCUUAAAUAAGGCUGACAGGAAAUAGUACAGCUUUCUGGAAAGGGCCACAUAUCCUUUACUAGAAAAUGCAAAUAUGCACACAAAGAGACUCAGAAUAAUGAGCUACCAAAGUGGACUCCUGGCUGCACACAGAGGGACAUCAGUGUCACCAUUUCUGAUAGCACACACCAAAGCCAUCUACUCACCUUGUCAUUCCCACACUGCAUGUGGGCCAAAGCUCACUUUAAAAAAAAAAAAACAAAGGGCAGUGUUUCUCUCUGAAUGAAACAUUCCGGAGAGGAUUAUACCGUUUUUUUCUUUUUAUUUUAAUAGAGAGAAUAGCAAUCACUGCCCCACUUUUCUUCCCUUUCCACACUCCACUUUGCAAAUUAGCAAAUGUUUCCACCAUCUCUGCCUCAUCUGUAUUUUUCUUUUCCAAGCUAUUUCCUGAAUGCUCUUUCUGAAUCCCUUGCUGCUCUUUGUACAUGAGGAUGAAUUCCUGCAACUUACAUUGUUGGUGCUGUAACAUCCUACACGGUUACUUCCACUAGCUUUACCUGAAGUGCUCAGAAGAAGGAAGUGCCUGCACACACUGUUUAAAGAUACACAAAUUACUAUGUACAAAGACGAGGGGAAGUCAGGGCAAAAGCAGAAUGCAGGCACUACUGGAAAAAUACCUGGACAGGGAAAGGGUCUAAAGUCAUACUCUUCAGUCCAAUUCCGCCUUGGCACACUCAAAACCUGUAUCAGGAUCUAGAGCUCGAUUUUGCAAACCUUGCACAACUAACACAAGCCUUGCCUCCAGGUAUUCUGUUUGCUGUUGGCCUGGAGUCACACUCCAGGUUAACCUGCCAAGCUAGGCAAUAGCAUAAGCGAGUCAAAACCACAGACAACUUCAAGCCACGUGACCUCACCUUUAUCCUCCAGAUGGCAUUUGGCCACGGAGGGGGUCUAACCUGGGUACUUGUCAUCUGGUGACAGUUAAGAUGAUCCAAGCUCACCAUCAUAUAUAGCACCACCACAUUCAAAAGAGCAAAUGAAGAAAGAUAUCUCUCUGCAAAUGUAUUUUAAAUCUCUGAGUGUGACUUUAGCACUGCAUUGUAUUUUCCAACACAAUCUAAAAGUAUCAGGAGUCCUGUGUAGAGUUUGCAGAGCAAAAAGGAUGUGUACUAUAUGUUUCCUACUAUACCUCUUCUGAUGGAAUAAAUAUCAAAUAGAAAAAUCAGUCUAAACUUAUUUUGAAAACUGCAUGGCCAGCUUAUGCAGUAGCUAGAUAUGUGGCAAGGUUACAGCAUUACUCUCUAAGGAGAAUACAAUUAAUAUGCGUAUAUAUUUUGUUCAAUUCAAGCACUGUGUAGUCUCCAAGUUCUGCUAUGAGAAGUAUGGAUCACUUCUCGUUAUCCUUCCUAUUCCAAACCACAGUAUUUAUCACAGAUGUGUACAAUGCAGCGGCAUAGCUUAGGCCUGUUAUAUAGGUCAGUAUCUGCAAUGCACAUGAGAACAUAGUUUGCCACUGCAAAGGAGAGUGGCUGCAAAAUCUAUUUUGGAUAAUCCAAUUUAUAUUUGAGGAAAUCAAUGUGUGGUCAUUUCUAGAACUGUGAAUAUAAGGCAACUGCUGCAUGCUUGUAUAUUUGAUAAGUUUUAUUAUACUAUAUCCUUAUAUGAAUGCCUAUGCAGUGUAAAUGCUUUAAUAUAAGAUACUUAAUGUUUUUUUUACACAUUAUUUUAUAAACAAUGUUACAUUUUACUGCAUGUUUAUUCAUCUUUUUGUGUUGGUACAAUGUGCAAGCUGCAAGACACAUGAUUUUAAUAACUUGCACAGCAGCUAUUCAAAUCCAUUAUAAAAACAUGUUCUUAUGUAAAGACUUAAUUUGGCAAGAAAUGUGCUUCCUUUAGACAAUGGGCUUGGUUCACAGCAAUACCUGCGUACUUAACAUUUAUUUAUUAAAAAAAAAAAAAUACAACAUUAUCCCUGAAUCCAUAAAUGGGACCAUUGAGUCUGCUGCGAACCACUGUGUUGGUAUGCUUUUGUACCUUUGAAAAUGUAAAUCUGCAUUUACUAGGAAAACAGAUGACCUGUCCUGAUUGCAAGGUGUAAUUGAAAAAAUCCAAUCCUGAGCAGCCACUGUCUUUGGUGCUGCAGGAUGACAAUGUAGCAAUCUUUUUUUUUCCUUUAAACAAUACUUAAAGUUCAUACUCAUGACCUUAAUUUAGAUAGUUCAUGUUACUUGAUUGUGAACUGGGCCCACUGUUUACAGUAUUACUAUUCAUAACCAAAGUUCAAUGCAAUUAACAAAAUUGAUCUAAUUCAUUUGCUUGGAAGAAAAAAGAGAAGAGGCUGCUUUUGCUGAUGUUUUGGAGAGCUGGCUUGAUACAGAGUGUUGCUUCUGUACCAAUGCAUUUUAAAUGUAAGGAAAUCACUGGCUGAAAGACUGAUGGCUAAGACAGCAUUGUCAGUGGUAAUAUACUGCUGGAAACUAAGUUACCAAUGACAUAACAUAAAUCAAGGUAGUAAUUAAUUAAUUUAAAGAUAUGUAAAUACUGAUUUUAAUGCUGCAGCAUCAUAGAGAUCAUUUUUCACUGCUUUGAUAUCCAAGGAUUCCUAGUACUACACAAACGUAUUUUAUCUGCUCCAUUUUUUAGGUUCGGUACUUUCAUUCAAAGCAAAGUAACUCCCAUUUCUUUGUACUGCACUGAAAUAAAGAAUCUUGUUUCAGUACAUAA